UUCCUCCCUCCUUAAUUCCUAUCCAUUUUUAGCUAUAAAAAAAAAAGAGCAAAUUACUACGUACUAUUUCUCCAGUUGAGGAUUCUUCGCUUAAUCUGCAAUUCUAAUCAACCUUUCCAGAUUCUGAUAAAAAUUGAUUUUCUUCAACUGAUACAAAUUUAAUUAGGGUUAGGGUUUUUCAUAUGCAGAAGUAUAUAUAAAUGGAAGCGGCAAAUACGAGGGUAAUAGGGUUUGAGGAGGAGUAUAUGAAUGUAGCAAUUCGAGUGGAUGAAUAUGGAGGUGGAGGAUUUGAUGCUGAUGAUAUCAGCGGUGGCUGUGAGAGUAGCGGUACUGAAGAAUUGCAACACGUGUGCUCCUCUGUGCCGCCUCUUGCUGCUAGCCCUGUAGUAGAUACCGACGGCAGAGUUUUAGUGUCUAUGCCUAUGCCCUCGCGGAGGACUAGUGAGCUUACUAUUUCUUUCGAAGGCCAAGUCUAUGUAUUCCCUGCUGUUACUCCUGAUAAGGUGCAAGCAGUACUGCUAUUAUUAGGAGGGUCUGAUAUGGCUAGUUAUGUACCUAGCUCACAUUCUCUUGCCCUGCAAACUAUUAAGAGUGUUGAUAAUGAUGCCCCCACCAGGCCAAAUAUUUCUCGGAGAAUCGCAUCUCUGAUUAGAUUCCGUGAGAAGAGAAAAGAGAGAUGCUUUGAGAAAAAAGUCCGUUACACUUGCCGGAAAGAAGUUGCACAGAGGAUGCAUCGUAAAAAUGGGCAAUUUGCCUCUUUAAAAGAUGGUGAAAAGACGUAUGCUGGCAAUAUUGAUUCUGGUGACAGCAUUCCUCAUCCUGAACCUACACUAAGAAGAUGUCAACACUGUGGUAUUAGUGAAAGUGAGACACCUGCAAUGCGGCGGGGCCCAUCAGGCCCUAGAACCCUCUGCAAUGCCUGUGGGCUUAUGUGGGCGAACAAGGGUAUGUUAAGAGAUAUUACAAAGGGAGGGAGACGUACACCCUUUGACAAAAGUGAGCCAAGAACUCCUGAUAUCAAGUUGUCUACCGUUGCACCUGAGAAUUCUUACCAGAAGCAGUAUCAAGAGGAUAUGCAAGAAGCUUCUAAAAACUUUGUUGAUAAUUCUCCUGUUGGUAUUGGAAGUUCUUCGGCUGACAUUGAUGAAGAGCAGGAUAAUCUCGACGAACUUGCAAAUGCUUCUGGUACUGAAUUUGAGAUUCCUGCAAGCUUUGAUGAACAGAUUGGAAUUGAUUCACAUAUGGGUGCUGACUGGCCUGGGACAUGACAUACAUGGUUCCAAGUUGACACAGAGCAUGAAGAUUCCGAAUAAUAUUACUGUUACCUUAAAAUUUGUAAAGCGUCUGUCAAUAUAACCAAGACCUCACUUGUGUAUGUUAGGAGUUAGGAGUUAGGAGUUAGGACUUGGGAGUUAGGGGAUAUUUGUAUAUUAGUAUAUACUUUGGUUGAUACAUGUCGUAGAAUUUCUCGAAUUUAGUUUUUCUUCUGGCCUCUUUCUCUUAUUGUUAGACUUCAGAAAAGAUAUAAGGGAAAGAAAGACGAAGAAUUGCUAAAAAGAAGGGUUGCUUAGUU